GCAUUUCCCAGUUCCUGUGGGCACCAUGAGACGGCGAUGCCAUGGCCUUCGAUUCCAUAGAGGAGAUCCCAUCCUAUGACUUGUUGGAGGAUGCAGAUGCCUUGGAUUGGCUUUGGCUUCACUCCAAGCCCUGGAAGAUCUUCAGUUUUUCGCCCGUCCAGGCCGAACGACGACACAGUUUCUCCGUCUUCGAGAACCUGGCAGCCAAGAGGGAGUGCCAUGAAGCUCUCUUCGGUCAAGGACGCUUGUUGCUUUUGGAUGGCAAGUCGGAGGAGGCCUUGGCCUUGUUGGAAGAGGCCAACAAAAGUUCUUGCGACGCGGGGUACUUGAGUUGGUUCGCCUGGGCCUUGUUGUUGGUCUCGAAGGAUCAGAGCUUCUACCGGCGCUUCUCAACACAGCAGCGAUCCAACAGCUGCUGCAAGGACGCACUGGUUCUACAUCCCGGCUUCUCCUUGGCUCUACGCUGCCUGGCACACCUGGAACCCGAAAGCAUCCCCAACUCGGUGGGUUUGGAUCCUGUGGCGCACUUGGUGGCCUGUGGCAGGCAGGCGCUGGACGCCUCCACGGCGCAGCAGCGGCGUCAAGGCGCCAGCGCGCUGCGGAGCUUCCUCGCCGAGGUCCAGAGCCCUGAAGACCUUCCCAACGUUUGUCUCUUGCUGGGCACCUUGGGCGCGACUGCCAGCAGCUCUGGAUGUCCAGCGGCGACAUCCAGUGGCUGGGUCUCGGCCAAGCUGAUGGCCUUGGAUUCUCUUUGGCGCUAUUGGACCAAGAGCAAGCGGCCCAACCGCGCAGCGGAGGCAGCCUUGGUGGCCGUAGGCGCUUUGCGCUCAGAACGUCAGGCUUGGCAGCGGGCAGUGGUCUUGGCAUUGAAGGCCUUGGCCUUGGACGGCCAGUGGGACGAGUGUUGGCGACUGGCUUCUGCUGAGCUGUCGUUUCACACGUCACGAGAGAUCCUCUACCAAUGUGGACGACUGGCCCAUUACGAUGGACGCCAAGAGGCUCGACAGGCCUACCUCCCACACCUGCGAGGGAUGUGGCCUUUGGUGCCUCAUCAGGUCCAGCCAUAUGUUGGCUUCUGGUUGGCCUUGCUGGAAUUCAAGGAGGGCAUUCCCUUGGUGGCUGCACGCAAGCUGCAGGAUUUAUGGCCGCGGUUGCAAGAAGGGUCCUUUCAGAGCUUGCAGAAGCAGCGCUUGGCCAAGGAGUCUUUAGACCUUGCCGAGCAGCUCAAGGCAGAUGUGGAGAGGAUCUACGAGCUCUCAAAUGCCCUGUGGCUAUCGGCCUCAGGGAAAGACGACCCAGCGACUGUGGCGAACGUGGGCGCGCAGGCGGGGAACGGCUAUAGCCCCGCCUCCACGGGGGGACAGAACGACUCCACCGCUCGGCGGAGUGAGAAUGGACAUGUACACCGGCGCCCUCCUGGAUGGGAAGAACGGUCGCGAAGGUCGCAUGGGUCGACCCCUGAAGAGGCGGCGCUGCCUCAUUUGUCGCCAACCAUCAGUCCCUGGCGAAGGCUGCCAGAUGGGCCGAAGAAGCCGAAACGAGAGUUGAGGUGGUUGGCCUCCGGUCUGGGCUCGGCGUGGAAGGUCUUCGAAGCCUGGCGAGCUCAGCAGGCCUUGAAGUCCGUGGAGGCCAAUGAUGCCUUCCUCGGCUCGUUGUGCAAGGGUCGGCUCCAUUUCAUGCUCGGAGAGCUCGAUGAAGCACAGAGGAUUUGGAGCGACAUGUGCUCUGAGGAGCCAGGCCGCGUGGAAGGCUUGUUGGAACUGUGGAGACUACACGAUGCUCAAGAAGCUCACAAAAAGGCGGUGCUGUGUGCACGGAAGGCGCUGGAGCUGACCACCAGCGAGUUGCAGGUUUCAGUCGAAGCGGAGAUGAUCUUCCAUCACAAGGCUUGGGGCGGUGCCGCCGGCGAAGCGUUGACGCCGCGACACUGGGUACAGCUGCUGUUGGCGAAGUCCUUACGUCGCUGCAGCCUCUGGGAGGAUGCUUGGCAAGUACUUCUGGCUGCAUCACGGGAGGCAGUGGCCGAGCGCCCCGAGGAGGCACGUUUCCAGGGCGCCUACGGUGCUUGUUUGUACCAAGUUCUCAAGCUUUGCGUCUUGGCUGCGGAGGACGCCACACGACGAAACGAGGUGGAUGGCAAGCUUUGGCGGGAGAGAGGCUCUACUGCUUUGGGAGGACUCGAGAGUCGCGCCAUGCAUUUACAGGGCGCAAGUAGCUCGGGAAGCGGAGGAGUCGUGUCUCGUGCAGUCGCCAAGGAUUGGCAGCGACAAGCGCGCUGGUUCCACAGGUUGAAGCACCUGGAGGCCGUGGAGUCAGAAAAAAAGAUGGACCCGCUGCAGUUCUUCUUGAACGGCGAGCUGGUGAAGGUCCAUGAACCCGAUCCCCGACAGAUGCUCAUCGAGUUCCUGCGCGACUCCAAGGCUGAAAACUCAGCCGUGGGCAGCGGAGGAGGGCUUGACUGGAACCAAGAGGAGGGUGAUGCGCUGGGCGAUUCGCUGGCGAUGAAGCUGGAAGCUUCAGCUGAAAACCUGGUGGCCAUUCAGGAGUACGACCUGGCCAACAAGCGCUGGGUGUAUCGCUCCGUGAACAGUUUAAAGCCGCUGGUGGCCUGCCAUGGGCUCUCGGUGACGACGGUCGAGGGCGUCGGCUCAGAGCGAAGAUGUUUGCAUCAGGUGCAGAAGCGCAUCGCUGAGAACCAUGGCAUGCAGUGUGGUUUUUGCACUCCUGGCAUGGUGAUGAAUACCUAUGCGCUCUUGAAAUCUGGUGGAAAGCCCACAGCUGAAGAAUCCAUGAAGAACUAUGACGGGAACAUUUGCCGCUGUACCGGCUACCGAAACCUCGUCCAGGCGUCCGAGUCGUUCUGCUCCGAUGCCUCACCUGAAGCGCAGCAGCUGGCGGAAAAGUGCGGCGCGCACGACGCCGAUUUGUGCGACAAGCUCAGUGGGCCGGAGCAUGCCAAGAUGGAUGUGCCACGCCAAUCAGAUGCUUGGCUGAUGGCGAUCCAGGAUGUCUCCUUCUUCAAAGAAGGCUUUGCCUGGUAUGCUCCCAUGUCCUUGGAGGACAGACGAUCGACCUUGAUCAAUCGUUGGGAAGAAGCCCUGGAAAUCAAGAAGUCCAAGCCCCGCGCCAUGUACAUCUUGGGCGACACAGCGAAGGGCAUUCGCCAGGCAGCCUAUGAGGUGGCCAACGGUCGAGCCAAUGAUGUGAUUUCCCUGAGGAAUGUCACUGAGCUCAACGUCUUGGAGAAGACUGGCACAGGUCUGACCUUCGGAGGCGCGUUGACGAUCCAGCACUUGGUGGAGGCGUUGGAGCAAUACCAAGAAGUUCAUACACAGCUUCAGUGGCCCAAGGCCCUGGCCGAUGGAUUGAAGAACGUCGCCCAGCAUCACAUUCGAUCAGAAGCAGGUUGGGCCGGCAACCUGUUGAUCACCAUCCAGCGUGGCUUCCCGUCGGACCUCUUCCCUUGCUUGUUGGCAGCUGAUGCGGAAAUCUCCUUCGUCACCAGCAACGCUCGGGAUGAGAAGCGCUUGGCAUUGAUGGACUUGAAACCUGGAGCUGUUCCCUUCAAUGCGCUGCUCACGAAGCUCCACAUUCCCAACGUGGAGGGAGCCUUCUUCAAGUACUAUCGCGUGGGCCAGCGCAAGUGGCUAUCCCAUUGCUUUGCGGGUGCAGGUUUCCGCCUUCAGAUGGACGGGGCCAAAGUCAAGGACGCUCGUGUGGCAUUGGGCUACUGGGCAGCCACACCCAGUCGCUCCUCCAAGGCUGAAGGCGUGCUCGUGGGCAGUCAGCUCGACACGGCCACCCUGCAGAGUGCCAUCCGUGCCCUGCAUGAGGACUUGGAGUUUGCGGAAGAGAGACAGUUCCAGACGGUGGACAAUCCCGAGGGCAAGGACAGCUAUCGACGAAACCUGCCCGAUGGCUACCUCUUCAAGUUUUUCCAAGAGGCCCAGAACCAUUUCAAGAUCAAGUCCUGGCCCCCUGAAGAGCUCGGCACCCUGCCGGUGAAAAGGGCUUUGUGGCUGGCAUGGAGGGCAGAUGGCCAUUCCACCAUUCCAUCAGACAAGGUUUGGUUGUUCUACCGUCUCGCCCUUGCCGCCAAAGCUGGAACUGGAGUGUUGGGUGAAUUUCUUUGCAAUUCCUUGCCUGUGCAGCCGCCGGUCAGAACUCGGCAACGAGAUGUUUUUCCCUUGGCCCCGCUUGGUGGUAGCAUGCUGAAGCCUGUAGACAUGACAAGUGGCAGGUGGAGCGUGCUCCUCCAAUUCAUCAACGUGGUCAUUGGCAUUCUGAUUUGGUUGCACGGCAUAAAGCAGACAGUGCCGACUGGCAAGCACACGUUCGCUCAACAAGCAGUUUUGAAAAACAUCGUGGAUCGCACAGUGUGGACACUCACACGCCUGCGACAUGCGCAAGAUGGCUGGGAGCGGUUUGUGCCAGAUUUUGUGCCAGGUUUCACUGCAGGUACAACUUCUUUCCAAGACUUGGUUGCUGACAGGGUGGACAACUUGCAAGCGGCUGGCUUAUGCGAUCCUUUGCCCCACUUGCCAGCCCAUGUGCGGGCCAGCUUGGCAACACCUGAAGGAAUCCUUGACAACAGCGAUGAUUCUUUGCGUGUUUUUGAACCUUUCUCCUUAAGGGUAUGGCACGGCCGACGUGUUUCAGAAUCAGCUUCUGCACCUCCAAAGCCGAGACACUUGGCUUCCCCAACUGCGUUGACCUUUCUGGAGUGCAGCGAUGGAAGACCACUACGCCUUAGCAAGCGCGAUGCUACGUGUUGGUUUGACCAGUUGAAGCUUCCCAGCUCUCUUCGUCGAUACAUGGCCAAACCGCCCAUCUCCACAGUGGAACUUGUCAAUGCUGGAAUGUCAGUGGCGGAUCAGCGGCAGCACAUGGAAGAUGGACAUGCUUGGCGCGAAGGUUUGCUAUAUCCUUUGCACUGCGUCUGGCCUAUGGGAUUUUCUUGGUCUUCUUACAUAGCCCAAGAAGAGAUGCUGAGUGUUUGUCAAGAUGCUGGCGUACCAACUUCAUCUCUCUUGGCUUGUGAUUGCGUGACACCUACAUCGUUUGAGCUUGUUGCUGCGGUGGCCACCGAUGAUGUCAUGAUUUUCAGCGACGCUGGCCCUGGUGCCACCUGUGAAGCAGCAAGAGCUUUCGAUGCAGCUAUGGAUGCACGAUGCGCAGUCCGAAAUCUUAAGAAGGACGUUGACGACGCGCUCUGUGGUACCUGUGUUGGGGUUGACUUAGUAGACGGAUACUUUCUGGAUGUGCCGGGGGGACGCUACUUGGCCAUGAUUCUGACAAAUUGA